AACAGAAACCACGUGACCGCAGUAUAGUCGCCUCUCAGGAGCUUUGCGGCAGCGGGACGCAAAACGGUUCUGUGAGAGGAAGUUACUGGGUGCAGCUGUGCUAGAAUGUAACCUUACACGAGUGGGCAACGUUAUCGCAGCACGGCAGAGGAAGGCAGCAGCAUUCAUGGAUAUUGUGGACACCUUUAACCAUUUGAUACCCAGUGACCAGUUGGAUGAGUCCCUAACAUCAAGUCAGAAUUUGGAAUGUGAAGCCAGUAAUGCGUUUGGGACAGGAUCCAGGCUGGAAGACUCUCUAAAGAACAUGCUCAGUGACAAAGACCCCAUGUUUGGAAGUGCAAGCGCUCAGUUCAAUUUGCUGGAAAAUGAAGAUCCUGCUUUUCAGAUUGCUGGUUCGGCAAGUCCACACAGGGGUACAGAAUCUGAAGGCCUCUCUAGUGAACUGAAUGUUGCAGAGAGCUCCCAGGAUAAACCAAUCGCUGGCAAGCAGAAGAAACAUCCCAACAAUUUAGACUACGAUCAUAGUGACCAACAGCCUAGGAUGUCCAAGAACACCUUAAUCAGAGGACGACCUGGAAGGAGACACUCCAAAUGGCUAAGCAAGUCAUUUCUUAUUGAGAAAGGAGUAAAAGGUGCACAGCAGAAGAAAGAGUUGACUCUGGGAGGUCGUAUUAGCAUCGAUGAUCUUGAUAGUGGAUUAUGGUUGAAUCCUACGGUUGUAUUGAGGCGGCUCACAGUCACAAUUGGCGGAUUUAAAAUUGAGUUGCUUCCAGGACCCUCUUACACGCAAAGCCUAGACACCGGUGAGCCAGCAUGCUUUGAGGAUGGCUUUUCCUAUGGUGGCGACAUCGAUAUGGCUAUUUUGCCAGACGAUGGGGUCUGCGUGCAGAAUCCAACAGAAGAAACUCCAACACCAGAAACUGUGUCAGAAACCGAUGUAAUGCAGAAGAGCUUAUCUGAUGAAACUAAUGUUGGUUUAGGCCCAUAUGUGAACCCUAAUGAUGUGCAGACCUCGAAUGGAACAUUAAUAGGACCCACCUCCACACAGGACAUGAAACACGAAGAUAAGAAAAUUCCAGUAAAAAAGAAAAAACCAUUCCACAAAGGAAAAGAUGGUGUCAAACAUCCACUGAGCAUUGGGAAUGACAUAGCUGAUGAAGAUAAGACUGAUUGUAAGGAAAAGCAUCAGACUGCAGCCAAAACACCGCCCAAGCCUAAACAAGGGCCGACACUGAACAAAAACAAAGAGGUGUCUUCAUCUCAAACAAGUCACACAGAAAAGGAACAUAAAGUAACCAAAGACAAGCCAUCCAAAAUAAUCCAAAGAGAAGACCUGCACAAAAUGAAGUCUAUGAAGGACAAACAAGAUCUUUCCCCUUUAAAAAGGCACACAGAAAACACACAGAGUGAGCAUGUUGCUAAGGUUCAAAAGCUACACAGUGGAGCGGAUGAUAAAAUGAAGCCAAAAUCACCAGGUACACCAAGCUCAGCUGCAAAGAAGAUACCAUUACCUGCUAAUCGUGCUGCCGAUCAUCAGGGAGCAGCUAAACAAAAUAAUCCUCAUCAUAGCUCCAAAGCUGAGCAUCAGCACCAUCAGACCCACAGUAAUCCAGGCUAUUCUCUAAAAGCUCAAGAUGGAGGACAGGAGAAAGUUAAAAAGCCUGAAAAGAUUCUACAGAAACAGAAAAGUAGGAAUUCGAGGAGUAUCUCUGUGGAUGAGCCAGAGCUGUUUGUUCCAGAUAAUGCCCCCCCGGCGAAGAAGGAAACGGUUGAGGAACAGCCGGCUGAUAGUGAGAGUGUUUGGGAUGGAAACAACUGUUGUGGCCUGUGUAAAAAACACCACAAUAACAUGUUUAUGGUUGGCUGUGGUCGUUGUGACGACUGGUUCCAUGGAGACUGUGUUGGUCUCGACCUUGCCAAAGUGCGCGAGAUGGAGGAGGAGGACCAGAUGUAUGUGUGCAUAAAAUGCUGUGAGGAGGAAAGUAAGAAGGUGGAUCCGGAGGCCUCAACAGAGGCCAAGCCAGAAGCUCACGAAGCUCAAGAUCACAAGACGUCUCAUAAACCCCGUCCAGGAUCCUCCCAGCCCCUCGCAUCAGGUGGCGUUAGACCAGUAAGAAAGGAUGCAGAAAGGAGGCAGUCCACAGAUGUCAAAGAAGCAGCCCAUAAAACAGGUAGUCUGUCCAAACAUGAAACUAAAAGUAAAGCUGCGUCUUUGACCUCGAAGAAACCUGUGUCUAUGGAGGCAAUCAGGCGAAGUGUGCGUGAUUCCCUGAAAGAAAUCCUCUCACAGAGGUUGAAGGAUUCUGAUCUAAACAUCCCAGAGGAGAGAGCCUCUGAAGUUGCCAAGAAGACCGAAAGAGAGCUGUUUCACCUUUAUAAAGACACAGACAAUAAAUAUAAGAACAAGUACAGAAGUUUGAUGUUUAACCUAAAAGAUACAAAAAAUUAUGUUCUCUUCAAAAGGGUUCUCAAAGGGGAAAUUUCUCCUGGUAACUUAAUUCGCAUGAGUCCAGAGGAACUGGCCUCAAAAGAGUUGGCUGCCUGGCGUCAAAGAGAAAACAGACAUACUAUUGAGAUGAUCGAAAGAGAGCAAAGAGAAGUUGAAAGACGACCUAUUACUAAGAUUACACACAAAGGUGAAAUUGAAAUUGAGAGCCAGGAGCCGAUGAAAGCACCAGAGCCUGUAGAGGUUGAACCUCUCCCCAAAGUGACUGAAGAGGUACCAGAGCCCCCCAAAACCCCAGAAAGAACAGAAGAGAAGAUUGAGAAAGACACUACGAGCCAGCACAAGUCUCACCUGUUUGAUCUACACUGCAAAAUCUGCACAGGUCGUAUGGCACCCCCAGUGGAAGAGGCCCAAACCAAGGUGGCCAAAGUUGCAACCACAGUGGUGCGGAGGCAGUCGACUAAAUCAGAGGAGGGGAAGAGCACACCGCCUCCUCCAAUCGAUGAUGACCUACACCUCACUGUUUUAGAGGAGAGCUUCAGAAAUGCCAAACCAGGAUUUGAAGCAAGGUCAGAUCAUGCAGCUGGAAGAGAAGAAGAAGCCGCUUUCCUUUCUAACUUGAAGUCCCUGUGGCGAGGAUUUAUUCAUAUGCACUCAGUCGCAAAACUUGUUACAAAAGCGUUUCCUGUCUCAGGCAUUUUGGACAACUUAUCUGAGGAUCUUCCAGACAGUAUCCAGGUUGGUGGAAGGAUAAGUCCUCAAACAGUGUGGGACUAUUUAGAGAAGAUUCGGGCAACUGGAACAAAAGAGGUGUGCCUGGUUCGUUUCUCCCCCGAGACAGAAGAAGAUGAGAUCUCCUAUACUCUUCUUCAUGCCUACUUCAGCAGUCGUAGACGUUUUGGGGUGGUGUCCAAUAACCUGCGACAAGUGAAGGAUAUGUAUCUCAUUCCCCUCGGUGCCACAGAGAAAGUUCCCCAUCAGCUUGUUCCCUUUGAUGGGCCAGGUUUGGAAAACAAUCGUCCCAACCUUCUCCUUGGACUUAUCAUUCGCCAGAGACCGAAAAGAGAUUUUCUUACUGUGGAUGUGAAUGAAUCAGCGAGGAUUGUCCCAGAAAUCAAGCCCAUCACUGUUCCCACAAAAGUUACAAGAACCACUGAGGAGGAAGAAAAAAUUUUCCUGUCUUCUUUGACCACUCCGCUCAAAAAAGGGAUGGAAAAACCCCUCGAUACUAAUGAAGACGAACCUGUUGCAGAUUCCUCUGAAGAACCAGCUGCAACAGAGGAGCCGAGCAACCAGGAGGCACAAAAGCCGCUUCGUUUUCUUCCAGGUGUGUUAGUUGGUUGGGGUGGGGAAUUAUUUCCGCUGCCAGAUGUCGGAGAUAAACCUGUGACAACAGGACACGACACCCCGAAGACAGAGCCUGCUCCCAAAACAGAUGCAUCAACUGGUGACUCAAAGGGUUUGACAGCUGCUGCUGCUUCUCGAUUUCUCAUCAGGAAAAAAGAAACUAAAUCAGUUAAAGCUGAACCGGUGAUUCUGUGUCCUUCUGAUGCAUCUGCUUCUAACAGCUCAUUAGGAAAAGGCUCUUCUGUAGUGGCACAUCUUCCAUCAAUCACACUGAAAGAUAAACCCCCAGAUGUAUCAACUGAAGCAUUCCUGGCGAGCAUGUCAGCAAAUCCGAGUGGCACUGAAACCGGCGGUUCUGCCUCAGAAAACAAAAGCAGCUCUGGCCUAUUGUCUGACUCUGAAAAGGAAACAACUGAAGGGAAUUCUCCGCUGCAGUCAGAAUCCCUGGCUGCUGCAGAUAACACAAAUGGCUCAAAAGCUUCUUCAAGUGGAAUACUGAAAAAAUCUUCAGCAUAUUCCUCAGAGAAUGAAGAUAAAACAAUGAUGCUACAAAAGGAUAAAGCCAGCCUUCCUGAUGUUUCAGGUCCUAAACCAGUCCCUGUGUCAAGCAGUAUUAAAAAGGAUCCACUGUUACCAUUUCACCAAGGCUAUUUACAGCUCUCACAGGUCAGGCACAAGCUGGAAGAAAUAAAUCAAACCACUAGUAAAUCAUUUCCCAGUAAGAAGGAUGAGCCUAGCCUUAGCCAUCCUGGUGCAGCAUUAACUCAAAUUCCAGCUCCUCCUGAAGUCCAGGAAUCUCAAGAUUUGUCAAACACAGAAGCCUCUGAGUUGGUCGCUGGCAGUUGUAACAACUUAGGUGCCACAACUUCUAACACUAUAUCCAACUUGAACACAGAAGACCAGAAUGCCAGCACACAGAGAGCUCAGGAUAACACUUCAGAGGCCCUUCCUCCACAUUCGGAAAGCCUGUCAGAACCAACCAGUCACACAAUGUCUGGGGCCAGAGACCAGAAACAUUUAAACGAGCGCUACACUGACCCUUGGGAAAGGCAGCGAAACAUCGAAGACAGAGAUCACCACGGCAGGCACAAGGACUCCUACCACGACAAGAAGAAUCGACACCAUGACAGGGAGAAAAGGUAUGGCCACAGCGACGAUGACAAGUACAAGGAGAGGAGCAAGCAUCACGGACACUCGGACGACCGCCACAGUGAGAGGAGGAAAGAGAGGCACCACAGCAAUGAAUACAGUAGCCAUCACAAGGACAGACACAGGCACAAGCGGGACUCUGACUACGAGAAUGGACGUAGAAGUUCAAAAGACAGCUACUCAUCAUAAUGUUAUUCCUUUGUUUUGUUUUUUUUAAUCCCAGCUAAAGAGCGUAUUGAGCUCUUAAGGACUUCAAGUGUGUUUAUCACAUGGCUGGUACAUGCCACUUUUCUACACUGGCAAAUGGUGGAGUUAUUUUAUACAACAGUGAAGUCCCGUUUUAUGUUAUUGAUGGUGCAGCCAAAUGAGAUGCCAACAGUUUUUUUUUUAAAUUAAAACCAACAAAAGACUGAAUACUGGAACGGUUUAAUCAGAUUUAUUUUGUCUGCAUCUUGUUUAUAUUAUGCUGCCGUACUAUCAGUCUCCUGAUCACAUGUAACAAUAUGAACCAAUUGGUGAACAUAAGAUGAGCUUCACAUUUUAGCUUGAAUGUUUAACACAAUAUUUAAUUAAGGAAGAUCUAAACAGCAGCUUUGUGCUUUAUUUCUAUUUUAAAUUUCUUUUCAACUGCUUAAAUAUUUUAUAAGCUUAUUUUCAUUUGAGAAAGUAUGUACAUUUUGGCUUGUAAUAUACAUUAGAGAUGUGUGCCUUUGCACCAUGUGUUUAUGCACAGUUCAUAAUAAAACUAAUCCUUUUGUAUUGGUGA